AUGCCCUUGGAAACUGGCCUGUGCGUGGCUGUGGGGCGCUUCGUCUCUUUUCUGGGCUCUCCCGGGGCUCUGCCUGCUGCCGGAGCUUUACAUCCAGGCGGCGUGGCGGCUCUGCUUCAGGGUCUUUCUUCCCCCGCGCCUCUCCUUUCCAAUGGUCAGGGGUCAUCUCGCCCAGGGACGGAGCAGCAGCGGCGCCCCGAUGAGCUGCCUCUCCCGGCUGUGGCUCUUUGUUUUGCUCCUCAAGACAAAACAGCAGCAUUGGCCAAUACGUUUCUUUUGCUUAUUCACUUGCAGAAUGCGGCGCCUUUCCACGUGGCAGUGCGAGACGACAACUGCAUCGCCGUUUCCCUCGAAGCAGCGGACGUGGUGAGCUCGUCCUCGGUGUACGUUGUCAAAAUCACCGGCGAAUCUAAGAACUAUUUUUUCCAGUUUGACGAAUUCAACAGCACUUUACCUGCUCCUGUAGUUUUCAAUGCCUCGUACCAUGGCCUUUAUUACAUAGUGACUCUGGUUGUGGUGAGCGCAAACAUGGUUUCCAAGCCAGCGAGAUCAAUCACGGUGUUAACCAAACCUCUACCUGUAACCAGCGUUUCCAUCUAUGAUUAUAAACCAUCACCAGAAACUGGGGUGCUGUUUGAGAUCCAGUAUCCAGAGAAGUACAAUGUUUUCACCCGUGUAAAUAUAAGCUACUGGGAAGGGAAAGACUAUCGGACCAUGUUAUAUAAAGAUUUCUUUAAAGGCAAAACCGUUUUCAAUCACUGGCUGCCGGGAAUAUGUUACAGCAACAUCACGUUUCAGCUGGUGUCUGAAGCGACGUUCAGCAAAAGCACCCUGGUGGAAUACAGUGGGGUGAAACACGAAGCAAAGCAACACCGAACAGUUCCCUACCCACCUCGAAACAUUUCUGUGCAUAUCUUACAUAUGAACGUCAAUGAGAACUGGGAGGAGCAGAGUGGAAGUUUCCCCGAAGAGCCGUUCUUGGGGACGCAGAACACAAUGCGACAGGACAAAGCCACCCAGAUUCUGGACGAUCUCCCUGAGCUCCCAACUGCAAACACUUCCUAUACGUGGCCCGAUUACCGCUACAAUAGCAGCGACUAUGAAACCACGUCUCAGCCCGAUUGGUGGAUUAACGAGCCCGACUCCCCAGAGAAUGAAGACGAGUUUGUCAACGCAAUCCCAAGAGAUUAUGAGAGCGUAAGCCCCACCGAGGAGUUUGGGAGCCCUACGCCGGAGCCUUCCUCGUUCCUCCCAAUGAAAAUGGUGCUGAGUUGGCUGCCUCCCAAGCCACCCACGGCGUUUGAUGGCUUCCAUAUUAACAUUGAGAGAGAAGAGAACUUCACAGAAUUCCUGACUGUUGGUGAGGACAUUCACGAAUUUGCCAUGGAUCUGAAAGAACCAGGGAAAUACACAAUAUCUGUUACAACAUUCAGCUCUUCUGGCUCAUGUGAAGUUCGGGAAAGCCAAUCUGCCAAAACACUCAGUUUUUAUAUUAGUCCCACAGGGGAAUUGAUAGAAGAGCUCACCGAGAAACCUCAGAACGUCGUGGCGACAGUGCUGACCUCUACCACGGCCUCGUUGUCCUGGACCACUUCACAGGAGACCAGCAGCACCAGCACCAUCAUAUCUGUCGUGUCCUUGACAUGCCAGAAACAGAAGGAGAGUCAAAGGCUUGAAAAGCAUUACUGCUCAGAGGUGAAUACAAGCAGCAGCUUUAUCGAAAACCUGGUUCCUGGCGCUCAGUACCAAGUUGUGAUUUACUUACAGAAGGGACCGCUGGUUGGGCCUCCUUCCGAUCCUGUGAAAUUUGCUAUUGUGCCAACUGGGAUAAGGGAUUUAACCCUUUACCCUUUGGGCCCUACUGCUGUGGUCCUCAGCUGGAACAGGCCUCUUCUGGGUGUUUUCCGGAAAUACAUUGUAGAAAUGUUUUAUUUCAACCCGUCAACAAUGACCUCGGAGUGGACAACGUACUACGAAAUAGCAGCGACCGUCUCCUUAACGUCAUCAGUGAGAAUAGGAAACCUUCUGCCUGCCUGGUAUUACAACUUUCGGGUCACUAUGGUGACAUGGGGAGUCCCAGAGCUGAGCUGUUGUGACAGUUCCACCAUCAGCUUCAUAACAGCUCCAGUAUCCCCUGAAAUCACUUCAGUUGAAUAUUUCAAUAACCUUCUCUACGUCAGCUGGAUCUAUGGCGAUGACAACACAGACCUUUCUCAUUCUCGAAUGUUGCACUGGAUGGUUAUUGCAGAAGGAAAGAAAAAGAUAAAAAAGAGUGUGACGCGAAACAUCAUGAGUGCAGUGCUCAGCCUGCCUCCGGGGGACAUCUACAAUCUCUCGGUAACUGCUUGCACCGAAACAGGAAGCAACACAUCUGCGCUUCAGCUGGUGAAAGUUGACCCAGCUCCUCCGAGGUCACUUUUCGCUGUGAAUAAGACCCAGACAUCUGUGACUCUCCUAUGGGUGGAAGAGGGGGUUGCUGAUUUCUUUGAAGUCUUCUGCCAGCAGGCUGGUUUGAGCCAAGACACAAAGACCCAGGAGCCUGUUACGGUUUCUUCGCACGUAGUGACCAUCUCCAGCCUCCUGCCUGCCACGUCCUACAACUGCAGUGUGACCACCUUCAGCCACAACAGCCCCAGCAUCCCCACCUUCAUUGCUGUCUCCACAAUGGUUACGGAGAUGAAUCCCAACGUGGUGGUCAUCUCUGUCCUAGCCAUCUUGAGCAUCCUUUUGAUAGGCCUGCUGCUGGUCACUCUUGUGGUCCUUCGGAGAAAACACCUGCAAAUGGCCAGGGAAUGUGGAGCUGGAACCUUUGUGAACUUUGCUUCACUGGAGAGAGACGGAAAACUUCCAUAUAACUGGCGUAGGAGUGUAUUUGCUUUCCUAACUCUGUUGCCUUCCUGCCUAUGGACUGAUUAUCUCUUGGCGUUUUAUAUUAACCCUUGGAGUAAAAAUGGACUGAAGAAGAGGAAGCUGACCAACCCCGUCCAGCUGGAUGAUUUUGACAGCUACAUCAAAGAUAUGGCGAAAGAUUCCGAUUACAAAUUCUCUCUGCAGUUUGAGGAACUGAAGCUGAUUGGGCUGGAUAUCCCACACUUUGCAGCUGACCUCCCUAUGAACCGCAGUAAAAAUCGCUACACGAAUAUCCUCCCUUAUGAUUUCAGCCGAGUUCGAUUGGUCUCAAUUAACGAAGAAGAAGGUUCAGAUUACAUCAAUGCCAACUAUAUCCCUGGUUACAACUCUCCCCAAGAGUACAUCGCCACCCAGGGGCCACUGCCAGAGACGAGGAACGACUUCUGGAAGAUGGUUCUCCAGCAGAAGUCGCAAAUCAUUGUCAUGCUCACACAAUGCAAUGAGAAAAGAAGGGUAAAAUGUGAUCACUAUUGGCCUUUCACAGAAGAGUUGGUUCCUUAUGGGGACAUCACAGUGGAGAUGCUUUCUGAAGAGGAGCAAUCGGAUUGGGUCUUUAGGAAUUUCAGAAUCAACUAUGCCGAUGAGGUGCAGGACGUGAUGCAUUUUAAUUACACGGCUUGGCCUGAUCACGGAGUCCCUCCUACAAACGCGGCCGAAAGCAUCUUGCAGUUUGUGCAGAUGGUCAGGCAGCAGGCAGCAAAAAGCAAAGGCCCCAUGAUCAUUCACUGCAGUGCCGGCGUGGGACGGACAGGGACUUUUAUAGCAUUGGACCGACUCUUACAGCACAUUCGGGACCACGAGUUUGUAGAUAUAUUGGGGCUGGUGUCCGACAUGCGGUCCUAUCGGAUGUCUAUGGUACAGACAGAGGAACAAUACAUUUUUAUUCACCAGUGUGUGCAAUUAAUGUGGCUAAGGAAAAAGAAGCAGUUCUGCAUCAGCGACGUUAUAUAUGAGAAUGUCAGCAAGUCAUAAUUCCAGGCCAGGCG